UGAAUUCCUUGCAUGAUAGCAGCCGUCCUAGCCGCUAGGAAUUCUUAGUCUCUGUUUUGCGACUUUGUCUUGGGUUAAUGGGGUCUGAGGCUUUUGUUCCUUUUGAUGAGGUUUGUUUGCUACGACUAAGGAGAGCUAGCUAUAUCGCGGAGAGAAAGGCUUGUGACAACAUCUCAACAACAGCAAUGGGCGCAGAGGGUGAGAAGCAGAAGGGCGUCGAGCCUUUCUACUAUUCUCAUGUGUGGAAGAAUGCGUCGCUUGUCGCGCUGAGCGUUCUCUGCCUGCCAGUCUCGGCGGUUCUCGUGCUGUUCAGUCUCAUCGUGCAGCGGAUCAAUGGCCGCGACAAAGUCCUGCAAGCAGAAAAGAGAAGCACGGCUGUCACACAACGCAAGACCAUCCUCGUGACGGGGGUCUCGAUGACCAAAGGCCUCUCAAUUGCGCGAGUUCUAUCACAAAACACGCAACACCGUGUCAUUGGCGCAGACAUCUCUCCCCUCUCUCCAGGCCGCUUCUCCAGCGCAAUAGCAAGGUACUACCAAUUGGACACACCGAACGGCGACGAUACGGAACCGUACAUCGAUUCCAUACUGUCGGUUAUCCGCAAUGAGAAGGUCGACCUUUGGAUCAGCUGCUCAUCAGUGAUCGCGGCAGUCGAGGAUGGCCAAGUGGUGCGACUUGCGCAGAAGCAGGCGAAGGAUGCUGGGCGGCGAUUCGAAGCCAUUCAGUUCUACGAGGAUGUGGUCGAGAAGUUCCACGAGAAAGACCAGUUCAUCAACUACAUUCAAUCCCUCGAUCUCCCGAUUCCCGAAUCGCACCGUGUCACGUCUCCCGAGGAGGCCCUGAACGUACUCCUCUGCAAUGUUGGCAACAGUGAGGAUGGCAACAAGAAAUUCAUCAUGAAGCCAAUCGGUGUAGACGACCACGCUCGCAACGCGAUGAUGACCCUUGUCCCGUUCGAUUCGCCCUCGCAGACCAAGAAAUACAUCCACAACCUCAACAUCUCCAAGUCCAAUCCCUUCCAGCUCCAGCAAUUCAUCAAAGGCAACGAAUACUGCACGCACGCCCUGGUCAUCCGCGGAAAAGUAAAAGCCUUUUGCAGCUGUCCUUCCCUAGAGCUUCUGAUGCACUACGAGCCUCUGCCAGCCUACUCUAAGCUGAACCAGGAAAUGCUCGCAUUCACCGAGCGCGUGGUGGCAGACGGCGGCAACACUUUCACCGGACACCUGAGUUUCGACUUCCUAGUCAAAGACGAAGACAAUGUGAAACUGUACCCCAUCGAGUGCAACCCGCGCGCGCACACAGCCGUCGUGCUCUUCGAAAAGACGCCCGAAAUGGCCGACGCAUAUCUCUCAGCGCUCGACUACCGCAAGGACUCCGGCGAGCAGGAGAAGCCUGUUUUCCCCCGGACGCCGACGAGUAGCUACUACUGGUUUGGCCACGACUUGGUCAGCUUCUUAAUCCUGCCAUUUUUGGAUGCUAUCUUUGGUGCGGGAUCGUGGGGCCAGUUCUUCGAUGGCGUGGCGACGUUCUGGUAUCACUUUUCGAACUGGAAGGAUGGCACGCUUACGGUUGCGGAUCCGUGGCCAUUCUUUGUGCUGUAUCACGUGUAUUGGCCGGCGAGGUUCUUGGAGUGCUUGUACAAGGGCAAGGCAUGGAGCAGAAUCAACGUCAGCACCACGAAGAUGUUCGAGAUCUAGAGAAGACCCCGUGGUUUGACCCUUGGAGAUCAUCCAAAGACUUUCGUGGAACAUGGAAGUUUGAUGGCCGCGGUCAACAUAGCCACGCUAAUGCCAUGGUCACACUUCACUGUCGAAUCGGGAUCGUGUCCCUUACUCGGGCUUUGUUGAUUUCGCUUUCGCCGAAGUUUCACGAGAGUUCGCAUAUAGACCACUGUAAUUAGAGCCAGGUGUACAGAGCACGCAGAAUACCAA